AAUCAAAAUCCUGGGUUUUCAAAAUUAAUCAAAUAAUAAGUUGACCCCUCCUUAAUUCAAAAACACAGCAAUUAGAAUUAGAUUAAGAUUGAAGUGAAGGUUGGAAUUAGGUCCAACGUUAGUGUUCUUAAUCUACAACCACAAUUACAAGGGGAGAGGGCUCCACUGGUCAAAUUAGAGAAAGCACAACAUCAGCAUCAAACGUUGUUCCCAAAUUCAUGUUUGUGUCUUGCUGCAAAAGCCACACAAAGAGGGUAGUAAUCAUGGUUUUAACUGAUUGAACCAAGAACCAAAUCAAACCAAACCAAACAACCAAAAACCAACGACUGUUAGAGUCUCAACGCUCUCCUUUGUUUUCAAUCAUAUAUGAAUGUGAAUUGUGAUGUGAGACACUCAAUUCAACUACUAAUGAACUGAACUCGCUCAACUAUAUUGUUGUUGUACUGCGAGAACAAAGAAGGAGGAAGGAAAUGAUGACGUGUCCGGUGGAGGGAGGUGGCUCCGGUGGGAGGACGGUGGUGGUUGGGAUGAAAUUGGAUUCUCCGAGCAAGGAGCUUCUUACGUGGGCAUUGGUCAAAGUUUCUCAGUCUGGUGAUACUGUUGUUGCUCUGCAUGUUCUUGAUCAACAUGAAAUUGUGAAUAAAGAUGGGAAAUCGUCGUUGCUUUCGCUUGUGAAGGCCUUUGAUCCUGUUCUAGCUGUUUAUGAAGGUUUCUGCAAUUUGAAACAGGUGGAUCUCAAGCUCAAAAUUUGCCGUGGUUCAUCAGUGAAGAAGAUUUUGGUCAGGGAAGCCAUUGCUUAUUCUGCAACGCAACUUGUGCUGGGAACAUGCCAUGGCCACCACAAAAUCCGGUCAUCCACCUCUGUGGCUAAGUACUGUGCCAAGAAGUUGUCUAAGGACUGUUGUGUUCUUGCUGUUAACAAUGGGAAAGUUGUCUUCAAGAGUGAUGGCUUGCCGGAUACGGCUGCCCCCGACUCACAAGGUCACAGAAAUGGUUUGCUUGGUUCAAUUCACUGGAAAAUCAGUAAGAGUACAAAAGUGCUAAGUGAUGAGAGUGCAGAGAGUGAUGCUGGUAAGAGUACUGGCCAAUUUUCGGAUCACAGUUUGGCGAAGAUUUUAAUGGAUACUACUGAGUUUGAUAGAAAAGAUAGCUGCUCGGUUUGUGAUCCAACCCUGGCAUUGCCGCCUCCAGAUUCUUGCCACCAAUCUGCAGAAGAAGAAUCUUGCAGUGAUCGUGGUUGUGAUAAUUCCUUGGCUAUAGUGCCUGUUCCGGCCAUGGAUGUCGCACCACCUGAAUUGAAACCAGGCUGGCCACUACUUCACCAGAGAAUCUUAUCAGAAACUCAGUUUCCUGAUAGACUAUCGGCACGCCAGAUCUCUGUGGUCCAGUGGGCAAUGAGGUUGCCUAGUAGGAAUCUUUCAUAUGCUUCGGAUCAAGAUCGCAAGCCUCAAGACGAAUCUGUGCCUUUGGAUAGUGAAACUGGUGCUGUUGUUCCAGUAGAUUAUGGAAUAGUGCCUGCUUCUUUGCCUGAACCGAACUCGAAAAGUAUUCCUCUUGAAUUGGCCAGCCUUCAUGAGAAAUACUCGUCAAGAUGCAGAUUGUUUGAGUACCAAGAACUUGUAUCAGCAACAUCAAAUUUCUUGCCUGAGAACUUGAUUGGGAAAGGAGGAAGUAGUGAGGUUUAUAGAGGGUGCCUUCCUGAUGGACAGGAGCUUGCUGUGAAGAUCCUAAAGCCUUCUGAUGAAGUUUUAAAGGAGUUUCUUCUUGAAAUAGAAAUUAUCACUACCUUGAAUCAUAAAAACAUUAUAUCUCUUCUUGGAUUCUGCUUUGAGAAUGGGAAUCUUCUUCUUGUCUAUGAUUUAUUAUCAAGAGGAAGCCUUGAAGAAAACCUUCAUGGAAGUAAGAAAAAUUCUCUUGUGUUUGGUUGGAAUGAGAGAUAUAAGGUUGCAAUGGGUGUUGCCGAGGCUUUGGAUUAUCUGCACUGCAAAGAUGAUCAGCCCGUGAUCCAUCGCGAUGUAAAAUCAUCAAAUGUAUUAUUAUCUGAGGAUUUUGAACCCAAGCUCUCUGAUUUUGGACUUGCUAAAUGGGCAUCAACUUCAUCAUCACAGAUAACUUGCACAGAUGUUGCUGGAACCUUUGGCUACCUGGCUCCUGAAUACUUCAUGUAUGGCAAAGUACAUGAUAAGAUCGACGUCUAUGCUUUCGGUGUCGUGCUCCUUGAGCUUCUUUCAGGGAGGAAGCCCAUAAGUGGUGAUUUUCCAAAAGGUCAAGAGAGUCUUAUCAUGUGGGCAAGUCCACUUCUAGAUAGUGGAAAAGUGUUGCAACUGUUAGAUCCCACUUUGGGCGAUAACUAUGAUCAUGAGGAGAUGGAAAGAAUGGUCUUAGCAGCCACACUUUGUUUAAGGCGUGCUCCGAGAGCUAGGCCUAAAAUGAGCCUUAUUUCUAAGCUCCUUCAUGGUGAUGCUGAUGUAAUCAAGUGGGCAAGGUCGGAAAUUAAUGCGAGGAAAGCACCAGAAAUGCUUGAAGAUGAAGCGUGUCCACCGAGCAACCUGCAGUCACAUCUUAACCUUGCACUCCUUGAUGUGGAAGAUGACUUGCUCUCCAUGUGUAGUGUCGAGCAGCACGUCUCUUUGGAGGACUACUUGAGAGGCCGGUGGAGCCGCUCCUCGAGCUUUGACUGAGAAAAGCAA